GUCGCAGCGCCAUUAAGAGGAAACGCCGGUUUCGUUAUUUGAUCGUUUUUAAACGUAACUACCCGACGUGUAAUCGUCUGGCAGAUCGAGCGUUUUGAACUGUUCGCUUAUAUAAAAGAAAAUCUGUGAUUUUCCAUCGCCUUGAUUCCGCCCAUAUCAUCGGGGUGUCCGCCUUGUUCGAGGGGCUGGUCGUAGAGGUCCGAUGCGUCACGUUUAUUUGGGCCUUCUGCACCCACUGGCAGGAAAGCGCCCGAUUUUUUUUUUCUCCUUGCCUUAAAACGUCCCGUGUAUAUUUAUUCCAAGCGAGGAUCAUCGGGGGAAACGAGGUAUCGAAGGAAAAACGCGACGCAAAGGAUGCAUAUGGAGACCAUUCUUUGUAGUUUACUGGAGACAAUUUCAGGCGCCACCCCCUGGAUUGGUAUUUAACAUAAAAAUUCUCUUUGAUGAACACUCACACCAUGAGCAAGCUUACCCAAAAUUCUUAAACCUCUCCAAAAGGCUGUUUUAGUAUAAUUUGUUAUCUUCUAAUGAUCUGACUGGCACUUGUCGGAACAUUUUUGUGCAAUCGGGUCCUAAAGUGUUGAUCCCUGAAAGCUGAAUUCAUACAUGUACAGUGGAAGAAUGACAGAAGCAUGGCAACAGCAACAUGCAGUGGCCCCUCCUCCCGUUGGGCACCCCCUCCUUCAAGGGGCAGAGAAUGCUUUGGGCAGUGCUGCAUAUGGUAUUGUCCUACAGGCAGACCCUGCUUUACAGCAGUCUCAGCAUGGCCAGCAUGCACAGCAGCACCCGCUGCCAGCUCAGCAGCCUCAGCUGCAGGUGGGAAGUGAAGGUGGCCACAAAUGUGGUGCGUGUGGCCAUGAUAUUUCGCACUUGGCCAAUCCCCACGAGCACCAGUGCAUGGUUAACCAGGAUCGUUCGUUCCAGUGCACUCAGUGCAUGAAGAUCUUCAACCAAGCCACGGACCUUCUAGAGCAUCAGUGUGUUCAAGUCGAGCAGAAGCCAUUUGUGUGUGGUGUGUGCAAAAUGGGAUUCUCUCUUCUGACGUCUCUGGCCCAACAUCAUAAUGAGCACGCCAGUGGAAACAAUCCAAUGAAGUGCUCCAUUUGUGAAAAAACGUACCGCCCAGACUCCUCGUCCUCUAACCCUCAGCAGCCCUCUACUGCUGAGACGUCCAGUGAUGGGGCAGCCAUGGGUUCCUCUUCCACCACAGCUUUCCAGGGCUCCGACCGUCCAUAUAAGUGCUCGGUGUGCAAUAAGGCGUUCCGCCACCUUUCUGAACUCUCACGUCAUGAACGAGUGCACACGGGCGAGAAACCCUACAAGUGUGACACCUGCGAGAAAAGCUUUAGUCAAGCUUCUCAUUUGGCACAUCACCAGCGCACUCACAGCGCCGAUCGCCCGUACAAAUGCGCCGUUUGCGAGAAGACCUUCAAGCACAGGCAGCACCUGGUACGGCACAUGUACGCUCACUCUGGCGAGCACCUUUUCAAGUGCAACCUGUGCGAGCUACAUUUCAAGGAGUCGUCCGAACUGCUGCACCACCAGUGCCAGCCAGCUGGAGAGCGUCCCUUCCGCUGCACAGCAUGUGGGAAAAGCUUCAAACGGCCCUCGGACCUGAGGCAGCACGAGCGCACCCACUCCGAAGAGCGGCCUUUUCAGUGCGAGGAGUGUCAGAUGAGCUUCAAGCAGCAGUAUGCUCUUGUUCGCCACCGCCGUACGCACAAAAACCCAGCGGACCGCCCUUUCAAGUGCAAUCAGUGUGACAAAGGCUUCCUGCAGCCUUCCCACCUGCUGUACCACCAGCAUGUGCACGGCAUCGAGAGCCUGUUCAAAUGUGCCGCUUGCCAAAAGGGCUUUAGGCAAUCUGGGGAACUUUUGAGGCACAAGUGUACAGAAUCAAACUCUGGAUCGAACGCUGUGGAGAAGCCGUACAAGUGCGACGUGUGCGGGAAGGGCUACAAAAAGUCCUCAACGUUACAGAGGCACCAGAACUCCCAUUGCACGGAAAAACCGCUGAAAUGCUCGCUCUGCGGCCGCCGCUUUCAGUCCUCGUCUGAUUUUGUGCAGCACCGAUGCGACCCUGCCCGGGAGAAGCCGAUGAAAUGCGCAGACUGCGAGAGGCGCUUUAAAUAUUCGUCCGAGCUGCAGAGACAUCGAAGAGUCCAUACAGGAGAGAAACCCUUCAAGUGUCCCACCUGCGACAAGGGAUUCAAACAGCGUGAACAUUUGGCCAAACACGGCAUCGUCCACUCCCGUGAAGCCCAGUUCAAGUGUGUCUGGUGCGGAGAGUGUUUUGGAGAGCUCGGGGCCCUUCAAGAACAUACAGUUCAACACACUGCAGAAGGAGGGGGCUAUCCUGCAACCUCGUGCAUAGAGUAGCUUAGUGUCUUCUGUCGCUUCUUACAGAGCGAAAACACACUUUGCACUCGAUAGCGACGUUGCGAUUUACUUGCUUAUAUUUAGCGAAAUCGUCCGUGUUACAUAUCCCAGAAGCGUUGCAGUAACUUGCUGGACUUUUAAGGAACUACGUAUAAAGUAAAAGUCUUGAUGUACUGCUGGGUAGAUUUUGGCAACAUUUUGCGUCUACUCCAAAGACAGAACCUUGCCUCAUUUCUUUACCAACCACAGCGAGGAACAGAACCGCACACAAAAAUGGUUGCCACUCAAAAAUAAGCUUGUAAAAAUGAACAAUUUUGUCUCAUGUGCAACUCAUUAUACAUACACCAUGCACUUAAGACUGGUGUUUUAGACAAAGGAAAAAGCUGAUCGGUUUUACAAGGGACUGAACAUUUAGGUUGAUUUCUGCUCUGUAUCUAACGUUCAUUAUAUCUAAAAACAAAAAGAAGAUGCUUUACUGCAUUUAUCGGUGACUGCUUUUCCAGACAUCUUUACGCAAGAUGUUAACAACCUAGAUCUGUUUUUGGUCUCCAUGCAAUUGACCACAACUAGUUGUUUGAUUGCAUUGGUUUUGAUUAAUUUUCGCUCUAAUUAUUUGGCCUUGUAACUUUUAAAUUACCUGCCUUUCUUCCAGUGUCUCCAUCUCAUGCUUCCAUGUUAGAUAUGGAACACUGUAUGGCCAUCUGGACGAUAUACAGUAGUGAUUGUAUGUAUUCGUAAUGUAUUACUCCCAUCACCUAACCCAUGAUGUAACAGGGUAUAUGUAUGCAUGAAUAGCCUAAAUAAUUUAUACAGUUUGUUGUAAUCUGUCAUUAGUGCAAACUGCUGUUAACUUGUAGGACUCCACAGACACAUGCACACACACACACAAAAAAAAUUGCCAUUCUUUUUCUCUAGUGCAUUUUGACUCAUCUCUUAACAAUGACGCAAUAGUUUGCAAGCAGUUCUGAGAGUAAACUUACAGUAGUACAAAGAUUAACAGUUAAAAAGUAACUGCCAGGCAACAGAACAACAAUGAAGUAUUUUUGUUUGCAGAUUGCAAACAGAUGGUGUUGCGUUAGCUAAACAAUGAUGUAGAAUUUGUAAAGUUAUCUGUACAUGGAUGUUUUGUAUCGCUUUGACAUGAGUACAGUGCUAGGACUUAGUAUCUGUUUGUGUAUCCUCAUACUGUAGACUGUGCAUGUGAUUGUUUCCUCUUGUGAGGAUAUGUCGGUUUUGUUUCGGUGGAUUAUUCUUUUGCCACAGACAACUUGUUCAGUUUCUCUGCCACAAAUUAUUUCUUUGAUUGGUAUUUCUUUUUGUGCUUUCCGAACUGAGUUAGUUGACAGUAUAACCUUUUUGAUUGGGUUAAAAUACUAAACCACGGAUAGAUUUGGACGCAGCUUUUGUAAUUAUAAAAAUAAAAUGAUUUUAAACAAUUUCAAGAGUAAAAAUACAUGUAAUAUGUUUAAAGGAAUCUAAAACGCAGUAUUAAGUAGUAAUAGUAGUAGUAGUAGUAGUAGUAGUAAUAGUAGUAGUGUGUUUUUUUUUUUUUUUUUACAAUGCUCUUACAAUGCAGUGUCUAAAUGUCUAAGCAUAUUAAUUGAAUCCAUAUUAAUAAUACAUUGUAUUAUCCUAACAGCUUGAAUGUAAACAUUGCAAACAUUUCUUUUUCCCUUUCGAUGCCUAUGAAAGCCUUAUUAACAUUAACGGCUUAUGUGUCAGUAUUGUUUGUUCUGUUACAGAUUCGUGUACUCUCUUGUGCAUUAAAUGCAGAGACUGAAUGGUGUCAUUGCUUGUGAAGCAAUAGUUUUGAUGUCGAGACUGUUAGCUGGUUGAAUCAAAGUAUUAUUCUUUCUUUCUUUUUUCUUUGUAUUUAAGUAAAAACAGGUUAUCCCACCAUCUAGCACCUCCUCCUGUAUGUCACUCAAGCCAUCCCUUUAAAUGUCUGUGUUUCUAGAUAAGGCAGAGAAGAGACUCAAUCUGUAAAUAUGCCAUAAUGUGUUGUCUUCCCCCAUUAUCACAAAGGUGUGGCAUGUCAUAACUACAAGGCAUUUACAAAUUAAAUGUUUGUAAAAAUA